AGAUCUUCUCCUUUUAUGCCACCGGCACCUAAAGUUUGGACGAAAAUUAACAGUAGUGUAAUUCUAACGUACACUAUCAUGGCGUAUCCUCCGCCAAGCUCUUCAUCGGCAUUUGUUUGGCGGAAGAAAGUAAAUGAAGACUGGUUUAUUGUUAAUGAUACGAGAAGACGUCAUAUUCAAAUUUCUCAAGACAGACUUCAGACAAACCUUUCAAUAUUUCAAGUUCAUGCAGACGAUUUUACAAACUAUACGGUAAAAGUGAACAAUGACAUUGGCACCACAGAACAGACAUUUGUUAUUCAAGCGAAAGAAGAGCCAGCUAUACCAGAGCAUUUCCGUGUAUCUGAAGAUCCGCUAACAGACAACACUGUAAUCGUUGAAUGGAAACCGGGAUUUAACGGCGGGGAAAAUCAAUGGUUCGUUAUUGGAUAUAAACAAGAAACGGGCAAACAUUGGACUUACAAAACUAAACUUGAAAAUAUCACUCGAAUAGCGAUUGAAGGACUGGUUGCCGGAACCUCUUAUCAAUUCAAAAUGUAUGCAGAAAAUUCAGUUGGAAGAUCACAGGAAACAAUUGUUUUAACAUUGGUUAGGCGAGCAGCCAAAGCUGAUAAUGGAUCAUCUUCACCUGUCGGGGCUGCAGUGGGAGGGGCUGUCGGUGGAAUUCUUACGAUAGUCAUCUGCAUUGUUCUUUGGAAAUGUAGAAACACAUUUACUUUUAAAAGAAAUCCUGAUGCUAGUGCUCCUUACGUUGACUUAUUCAAAGGACAGACAAAUGUCUCAGCUGUCAAUACCAGCUCCGAAUAUGAAGUAUGCAGAGUUGAAUCCCAGCAGAGGGACCAGUACGAGACACUCGCUGAAACUUCGUUUCAUGUGUACUCAGCCAUAUCAAGAAUCGGCACAGAGGGGAUUAUUUUUUUUAACCGUGAAUCUGUAGCUUCAGAUAAUGAUUGUGCAGUAGGGAGAGAAGACAGAUCAUAUGUUAAUUUAGUAUUAUCGGAGACUGAAAAGUAAACAAAGUAACGUAUUUUUCUUGCAUUUGUAAAAUUACUAAAUUAAACAGUUGCAAAUUUAAUACGAAGUGCUAGUUACAUACGUGUAAAUGUGAAAAGCGCAUUGGCAUUGAUGCAUAUGAAUGAUUUGAAUUGAUAGUGUUGAAAACACGCACUAUUCAUAAUGAAACAAAUAAGCAGU